UAAUCUAACAAAUAGCGUCUUAUUAGGAUGAGUAUAUUAGGAGUCGUGGUGGUCUCCUUGUUACUCCUGACUGUAGGAGGACAGGAUAUCAACACCAGGAUUCACAAACCUGGAUAUUGUAUGAUGAAAGCAGAUGGAGACCCAUCACCGAGAACUGGAAAUUACGUGAGGUACGCUAACGAACCAGCUCAACCCAUCGACUUUAUCACUAAACUUGUCUUGAAAGAUCUAUGUCCUGAUAUAGCUGCUGGAGAGAAGGUGUGUUGUGACUCGUCCCAGGCAGCCACUCUUAAAGGCAGUGUGGCUGCUGCGCAGAGUCUGUUAACGAAGUGUGAGGUGUCCUGGAAGAACUUUGUUUCUCUUUACUGCAAGUUUACUUGUUCUCCUGAUCAGAGUCUCUUCGUGAACGCAACUGACUUAGAACUAAGCGCAGACGGUACAUUCUACAACGUAGAGCGAGUCUCCACUUUUCUAACUAACGAGUACAAAUCAAAGUACUACAACUCUAUAAAGGACGUAUCUCUACCCUCUGCUAACAUGAAGGCCAUUGUCGCACUAUGUGGUACGACAAAAUGCGACCAGAACCGCUUUUUCCAGUUCAUGGGAGACAACCCACUCUCUCCAUUUACUAUCGACUACCCUACAGAGGUACCUGAUAACAAAGAUAACGGCACAAUUGUACCUCUAGAAGCUGAGACUUUGAAGUUCUGCUAUGAGAAAGAGACUAAUGACAGCUGGAGAUGCUCCUGCCAGGAUUGUCCCUCUGAGUUAACCUGUGCGGCUCCUCCCAACAUACCAGCCCCUAAAUCUCCCUUCCUAAUCCUGGGAUUUGACGGUCCACUCAUCAUCCUCCUCAUCGUCUACCUCGCUCUCUUCCUCCUCUGCCUCGUUCAUCUCUCUAUAAACAUACACUACAGACGUCUCAACCAGAUGGACCCGAUGACACGGAGUGCAUCUAUAGCUAGCAGCAUCAGUGAGCGCCACAUCGAAGUUCUUCAAGGUAAUAUUAACAAAGGGUGUCGUAUUGUGGACCAGAUCCUGCACAAUUUCUUCACCAGCUGGGCUACUUUUGCUGUGUCUCACCCCUGGACUGUGAUCAUGUGCGCUGUAGUGGUUGUAGGCGCAUGCUGUGGAGGAAUGUACUUCUUUGUACUGACCAGCGCGCCCAUUGAUCUGUGGUCUGCACCCCUAAGUCAGACCCGGCUGGAGAAGAACAAGUUCGACGCUACAUUUGUACCAUUCUACAGGACAACCCAGGUUAUAAUCACUGCUCCUAACGUACCUUCCUUCAACUACACAGUACACAGAGACGAGCUAGACGGACCUGUAGAGCAAACCUUCAGCGGAGUAUUCAGGAAAGACAUCUUCACUAAGAUCUUCAACCUACAGGCAGGGAUCAUGAGUGUAACAGCUAGUUUAGAUAACAGAACUAUCGGAGUUAAAGACGUGUGCUUUAUCCCUCUAGCGCCUGAUGUUAACGAGUGUGCUCUGAUAUCCCCCUUCCAGUGGUUCCAAAACAACCGUGCAUCUGUUGACGUGGUGGUGACAGACAAUAAGAACGGGCACAACGCCACAUAUCUAGAGCACAUUUACAGGUGCGUGAGCUCCCCACUGGAGACAGCAGAUGGUAGCUACGACACCAUGUCCUGUAUGACUACUUUCACUGGUCCGGCUCAAGUUAACAUCGCUCUGGGUGGAUUCUCAGAGAAAGGAGACCCUCUCCAGGCAGAUGCUAUCGUCCUGUCACUUCCUCUCAACAAUCAUAAGAACGAAUCUCUUAAUGCUGACGCAGAAGCCUGGGAGUCAGCCUUUAUUGAGUAUAUGAGAGGGUGGAGUGAUCCGGACAUUGAGUUAGCUUUCAUGGCAGAGCGUUCUAUUGAAGAUGAACUACAGCGUGAAGCAUAUCAAGACAUCUUCACAGUGGCACUCAGUUACUUCCUCAUGUUUGGCUACGUGGCCAUCAUGUUGGGUAAAGUGAGCUGCUGUGCUGAGACGGGUGUGCCUCUUUACUGUAUCCGGAGAUGGCUAGUGGACGCUAAAAUCUCUCUGGGGCUCGCUGGAGUGAUGUUCGUUCUACUGUCAGUGCUGGGAUCCCUGGGAAUAUUCAGCUACGCUGGCUACAAAUCAACUGUAAUCAUCAUGGAGGUGAUACCAUUCCUCGUGCUCGCAGUAGGUGUGGACAACAUCUUUAUCUUGGUGCAAGCAGUACAGAGAGAUUACCUCCUAGUUGGAGAGACAGGAAAUGAGCAGCUGGUCCGGAUAUUUGCUGAUGUGGCGCCCAGCAUGCUACUCUCAGCGGCUAGUGAAGUGAUCGCGUUUGCGUGCGGCAGUCUCUCCAGUCAGCCCGCAGUGCACGACUUCUCCCUGUACGCGAGUGUUGCAGUACUCCUCAACUUCCUGCUCCAAGUCAGCGUGUUCCUUGUCUUGCUCUCAUGGGACCGUCAAAGGGAGUUAGCAGAAAGGGUGGAUGUGUUCUGCUGUGUUGGUGCUUCAUCAGAUGUGCACUUGUCAGAUGGGGAGACGCGGCCACGCAGCCCACUUUAUCUGCUCGUCAGCAAGGUGUGGGUCCCUGCUCUGCUCAACACUACUGUAGUCAGGUUUAUCGUAAUGUCUUUCUUCGGACUUACCUUCUGUCUCUCUAUCGCAGCUAUCCCUCACCUCAGUAUCGGACUGGACCAACAACUUGCUCUCCCUAAAGACUCCUACGUGGGACCUUACUUCAUCUACCUGAACAAGUAUCUAGAAGUGGGUGCUCCAGUUUACUUUGUAGUCGAGCUGGAGGAUGACCAAGGUAACUACUCUCUCAACGCCAGCUCUCUGACGGGACAGAACCAGUUGUGUGGGGUCUCCGGCUGCAACGUUGACUCUGUAGUCUCCCUCGUUAACAUCUACGCUAACUUCUCCGACUUCAGCCGUCUAGCUCAACCGCCUAACUCCUGGAUAGACGACUAUUUCGACUGGUUGGAGCCAACAGACGAAUACUACUCAUGUUGCAGAUACUACAGCGGAGGGGAGAAGGAGAACCAGUUCUGUGCCUCUACAGACGACCAGGAAUCCUGUUCCAUGUGUAUAGAAAGUGAGUACGACCACCAUCGCCCUACUUCUCAACAGUUCCAGCAGUACUUAGAGUGGUACCUGAAAGAUAACCCAACUACUAAAGGGUUCGGUUGCACAAAGGGAGGGCAUGCAGCGUACGGUGACGCGGUUAAGUACACCGCUGUAGAACGCAGUGAUAAAAAGGGAGCUGCUAGUUCUAAUAUUUCAGCUGCAUACUUCAUGACUUACCAUACCACGUGUAGAAACUCUUCUGACUUUAUUGACGCAUACAGACAAGCACGAAACCUCUCCGAGCUCAUAAAGCAGAACGUGAACGGUAACGUUUACCCUUACUCUGUGUUCUACGUGUACUAUGAAAUGUACGUGACUAUGGUCAACCAGGUGGCUAUUAACCUGAGUGUCUGCAUCUUCGCUGUCUUCAUUGUCUCCUUUGUCCUCCUCAACUUCAACUUCAUGUCCUCAGUGAUAACGACCACUACAGUUCUCAUGAUCACGGUAAACGUGUUGGGGAUGAUGUACUUGCUGAACAUUAACAUUAACCCAGUUUCUCUGGUGAACCUGGUCAUGUCAGUGGGGAUUAGUGUAGAGUUCUCUUCUCACAUAACCCGCUCCUUCUCACUCAGCAGACAGCCUGGUCGGGUGGACCGCGCUAAAGAAGCACUCGCUAAAACCGGAUCCUCAGUCCUCAGCGGUAUCUUCAUGACCAAGCUGAUUGGGAUAUCAGUGCUGGCAUUUGCUAAAUCCCAGAUAUUUGAGAUUUACUACUUCAAGAUGUAUGUGUGUAUCGUGUUACUGGGAAUGUUACACGGACUUGUAUUCCUGCCUGUCUUCCUCACGUUCUUCGGACCUGCUCGCAACACCGAGCCACUUCGUACCUCCGGAUACAAAAAAAUUGAGACGGAGGCAAAUGAGAGGGAUCCUAUCUUACCCAAAUAGGGGCCAUCUCAUUUAGACUUUUUCUACAAAGUUAUGUUAACGUAUUUUUAUAAGAGUCAGGUUACUGUAAUGGUUUUAGCGAAGAAAUCACAAGAGAGAUAUUGUUCAAAGUGUGACGUUUUUAGUUGAACUACUUAGAAAACAUUGUGUUGAUUUUGUAAAUUAGAAGAAGUAUCUAGAGUAUCUAGAGCACAAAUAACAAGUAUUGUUGAGAGUGCAGAUAAUUAUCAGAUUGUACAUCAUUUUUGGGACAGUCCAGAAGUAACCCAAUAAUGACUCCAGGGGCAGGCUAAUUUUGAAAAUGGAGCUCCAGUUUGAAUCUUACUUCUGGAAAUCUCCUAGUUGGAUUUUAUUUUAUCAUUUUUGUAACAUCUAUUUUCUAUCUCUACACUGUACAAGUAUAGAUUUUGAUCAUCAUUAUUUUUAAUCAUUAAAAGUUGCAUCUUGCGAGUGUUAUUGCUGUAAUAAAAUGGAAGCUGUGUUUUUAUGUUUGUAAUUAAAAUAUCUUUAUCAUUUGUUUAUGCAUUUUGGUGUUUUCAGUUGAAAAAUGUGGAUUAACUUAAACGUUGCGGUAUUUUUGAAUAGAUAUCGGUUUAACUUCCAACCUGCUAAUUCUGGACCAAUUUAGUUUCGAGCGUGUUAAAUCACUCUACACUGUAAUUUCAAGAUUUUGUAAAAGGACCCUCGGCAGUUGAGACCAAUUUGAAUCGACGUUUUUUGUCAGCCAAAGCUAUAUAAUGAAGAACUUGUUUUUCUUAGUCUCGUGAUAUUCCAAUGUAGAGUUAUUUAUCAUCAUCAAUUUAGUUUCGGGGUUUUGAUAUAUUUUUAAAACAGUUGUUAAGUCCAUUUUAAUUUUCGAUUUCGACGGAUUUUAAGUGAUCUUGGGCAAAGGGCUCACAGCAUCAGGAAGAUGGUUUCUUGUUACAAAGAAUGAAUAAAAGCUAUUCAUAUUUUAAAUUUGAAUUGGUUCACCAUUCAUCUAUUAUCAGAUGUGAUUUGUCGUUUACAAAUAUUGUGAUUUCAUGAUUGAAUAAAGUUAAGCAACUCUUGAAAAA